AUGUUAUCCAGAUGCCUAUAUUUGGGAUUGAUAUUCAGUGUCUUAUAUAUUAAACCCUUUCAUGGUGAGAAUGACAAUCUUAAUGUAGAAAAUACUGAUAGAGACAAAGAAGAUAUUACAGAAAUUCAUAAUCCAUCCAAUGAAAGCUUACCUUCCCAAAAUGAUAAAGAAUUAUUUUUACCUGAAAAUGCUGUUCAAGUUGAUAUCACUAAUCCAAUCAAGGAAGAUCAAUUUAACACAGGAAUUAAUGUGACUCUGAUAACACCUAGUAAUAUUACACUAAAUGAAAGUGAUAUUGAUUAUGAAUUCAAUGAUAAUAACACAUUAGCUGAGAUGCCAAAUGAGACUACUGCUUGGUCUACAAAUGAGGUUCCAACCACUCCAAGUCCACUGUAUGAAAGUGAUCUUGUCAUUAAUGAUUUUUGCCUGUGUGACCUUAAGGUUCAUUUCUGUGAUAUCAACUGUUGUUGUGAUGAAGAUUGCAAUGCUGAUGACCGAAAAGUAUUCUCCCACUGCCACGUGCGACCUCAGAAUGUUUUGGAUACCCGUUACUGCUUCCAGAGACACACUGUUUUCAGCAAUCACACAGAGUACAAAGUAGAGCACUUGCAGAAUGGUCUCUUUUGUAUUAUAACUGACAAUCUACCACAACGCACAACUUAUGUUACUGUAAAGGGGGCAACUUCUGUAGAAGAAUAUCAGCAGCUGGAAAGGGGUAUAUGGCAUUAUCCCUGGGAAAGCUCUUAUCAAACUCUGCAGUUUGAUGAGGUUUCAUACUCUGCUGGUUCAGCUGUGUGGGCAGUAAAUAAGGAAGGAUUCCUUUUCAACAUUGGAAUUCCAGAUUCCCUGUUUGGAAGCGAAUGUGAAACCCUAGAAUCUUUAAGCUUCCUUGAAGACAGCCAAUCUUCAUGUAAUCGAGUCUUCCAUAAUGUUGCUGAAGAAUGCGAGAAUAAAAUUGACAUUAAUGCUAUUAACUUCCUUACUUUCUAUGUAGUGGCAGACCCUGGUAGUUUAAAUCAGAACUCAAGGACUACUACCAAUACAGAAUCAACAAAGUCUCCAUCAUUCCUACCCCCAACAUCUACAAUUACACCAAGUGCCUUCACGACUGAUGAAGAGAUAGAGCUCACUAACUUGGAUGAAAACAAGAACCACACUGCCAAAGCGAAAAGUGCAGGAAAAUUAACAAAAAUUAAUUAUCAAAAUUGGAAGCAGUUGACAAGUUCAGGACCAUCAAGUAUUAUGACUUUGGAACCCUCACAAGAUUCAAAUUAUUUGUCCGAGGACCAGUUAUUGCCAAUCAAGGUAUUUUUGUGCUUCCUUGAUAAUAAUGAAGAGAAUUGUACAGAGACAGAUGUUAAUGAUAUGCCUCAGCCUGUUUAUACUGUUGGUGUAUGUGAAAAUGUAGCUCUGAGCAUUCAUUACAUAUUUUUACAUAAUGGUACUGAAGGGAUUUUUCAAGUGCAAGCCAAAGUCUAUCUCACUAAUGUUGCCAAUACAAUGACAUACUAUAAACAAAGCUUUCAUGUUAAAUACAUUUGGGCAUCGGUAAAGGAUGAGACAGCAUUUAAAAGAAGUGGUCAUCCUGGUUAUAUUAUUGGAAAACCUAUUCUUCUUGGAAAGCUAGUUGAUAAUGUCACUGAAGAAGGUGAAAUGAAAGAAGCCAUCUACCUUGACACGAACCCAAGGCAAUGGCUGACUGUAUUGGCCCCAGGAAAAGAAGGAAAGUGCAAUUCACGUUCUCAGGUUACCUUUGGCAUAGAAAUGAGGACAGGCUGUAUUGUUCAAGUGAAACAAGACGACCUAAAGCGCUGUAAAGUGUUGCAGAAUUAUUUCAUUGAUCUUCUCCUUGGGCCCAUUCUACGGGAUCCAAGCAAAUUGCGUAUUGGAACCUUCGGAGAUUCUAGUAUCAACAAUGCUGCUGACUGGAUACCAAUCUUAAUACCAGAAGAACCUAGAUCAGGACCAUUUUCAAGUCAUGUAUUUGGCAAGAGGAAAUGUUCCGACAUCAUCCUGUCUUUACACAUUGAGAUUGCCUACAGUCUUCAAGGAGCCUUGGCUAAUCCUCAGGCCAAGGUUGUUGGCAUUGUCCUACACUAUGGAGAGCCACAAAGUAUUGAUUUUAGUUGUGCAAGUCUAGUUUGUCAAAAUGCACAGAUGAAGAACAGUAUCCAAGUUGUAGAACUGAUAUCAUCAGUGUCAUUUGUGGAAGUAACUCUGCCACCUCAACCUGCUUAUUCCAAACCUCCAGCUCUGGAUGCUAAGUUGCCAUAUAACUUUUUUUAUCCAUUCUUGCCAUCAUCAGCCCCUGCAAAUCAUGUAGAAUUGAUGCUUGUUUGGACUUUCUUGCAGUGUAUAGUCUGUAUUCUAUACUGAGAAUGUAAAGUGACUAGUUUUACAUGUGUACAUUGCACGAGAAGCUACUCAUACAAGCAAGAUAAAGGGCUAAUAUCAUACAGAGAAUAGGAUACAGUAACACCAAGAAUUUUCCAAAUGUUGUUUAGGCAAGAACAAUUUCCUUUAAGUAUUUACAGGUUGUUAAAACAAAUAUGUAUUGUGACUAGUGUAAUGACGUAUAUUUGUUCAAGAAUUAGAACUUGUGUCUGGAAACAUGCCUCAUAGCACUGCUUAAAUAUGAAAAGCUGUGAAAAUGAAGGGCUUAAUAAUCACAAUGAACUUUUAAAAAUAUUACAUAUUUUCCCAAUGUACUUAUUUCUGCAUUCAUAUGCUGUCAGUUCAUUAACCAAUGUAAGAAUAAACCACCAUGUUGUGCCUAAUAAGAUAUGUUGUAUGCCUUAAAAAGGCGCACACAUAUAUAUACAGUACACAUACAUAUGCAAAUAUAACGUACUCUUCUUUUUACGAGACUAUAAUGUAGACUUUCUAUUUUAUGUGUCGAUUAGGGAGGUAAAAUAAAUUUGAAUGUUUAUCUACAGUAUAUCCUAGAAUGCAUAUAUAGUGAAACAUGUAAAAUAUAUGCAUUAUAAUUAACUUCCUGUUAUAAAAGUUGGCAAAUAGCAAUACUGAAAUAUAUGCAGCUCUUGGUAACUCACAUCAAACUUUUUCAUAAAGUAAAUGCAAGACUUGUGGAAGUCAUAUAAUUUACUUUUAAUCUUUUUAUGCCAAAGCGGUUCCCAUCCAGUUGUGAGCUCUACUGACCCUGUGAAGCUAAGCAAACUGUUGACAGUUUUAACAGAAUUUGUUCACAGAAGCUAGACAAAUUUACUGUUCACAGGUAAGCUGACCCUGUGAACAGUAAACAAAAUAAUAAUGAAAAACAGGCAAGGACACUUUUAGGCAUUUAAAGUACAUACUGCACAUAAGUUUUCAUCAUCAUAUCAGCUAUUUAUUUCACUUUUUGUAUUUACACAAUUGAUAUCAUUGAUAUUUCUAGUCAUCAUUACUGUAAUGUCCUGGAAAACAAUUUCCCACCCUUGCCUAUUGAAAGCCAGGGCUAGAAUUUGAUUUACUCUAUGCGCUAGGGAAGCUUGGGGAUCAGACAUCAACUCAAAAGGAAUAACUCACCAGAAAGUACUAUAUAUAGGUUUCAGAGGGAUCUAGUGCAAUUAGUUAUGGCUUGGCAAUACCAGCACUUAAACUUAGAAUUACUGGAAGCUCAACAGAAAAAACAAUUAUAAUGGUAAUCAGGGUAACAAACAGCAGUCCUAAGUUCCAUUUUUUUUUAAUUUAUAGCAACUCAUUUUUAAAAGUAUUUUUUUAAGUACUGUAUUAAUUUUUUGUACAUUUUAAUUAUAAUCUAAAAAUUACUUUCUAACCAUUUAUGUACCAAGUUAUUAUUCUUGUUACCAACUUAUUAAUUAAUAAAGUCUAGUCAAAUUUAAAUACAUAUAUUUCAGCAUGCUAAAUAUCCACCGAUAUUUAAAGUAAAGAAGAACGAGAGAAAGAAAA